UCGUUUUAUUGACAGCUCACAGGUGCCAAAUUGCAAAGUCAUACCAAUUUGUUUCGGCAAUCAGGUUUCAUCAGUUCCAGUUUGUUAGAGAAGCUUGCAUGCGUUUCAAGUCUAGGCAAGGUGUUUCAAUCUUCAGACAAUUUUUGAAAAUGGCAUCUAAAAUAGAGCUACAUGUAAGUGAAGAAGAGGUUGCUGCUAAAAUAAAGCUGAAGAGUAAUGACGACGAGGUGUUCGACGUCGAAGUAUCCGCCGCGCAAAUGUCUGAAGUACUCAGGAGCAUGAUAGACUGCUGUGGCGGGGACGAUGAUGACGAUGAGCCCGUGCCUUUGCCCGUUGUAGAUGGCGCGACUUUGAGAAAGGUCAUGGCUUGGUGCACGCAGCACAAGAACGACCCAGCAGUGGAAGAGGAUGAUCCCCUAGAUGCGCAAGAAAAAACAACAGACAACAUUGAUAGCUGGGACAUGGAGUUUUUGAAAGUAGACCAUCGAACACUCUUUGCGCUCCUAAGCGCUGCAAAUUACUUGUCAAUCCAGGGUCUUAUGGCUUCGGCUGGCAAGACGGUUGCCAAUCUGAUUAAAGGCAAAACUAGGGACGAGAUCCGUAAAACGUUCAACAUAACGAGUGACUUCACUGCCGAAGAGGAGCAAGAGAUAAGCGAAAGCCUUAAAUGGUGCGAGGAAAAAUGAGCAUCCUAUCAGAUGAACCAGCGCCGACACAGCUUUCAAUUUUGUGGCUCGUUUUCCUUCCUUUUUGGUACGAAUUUGUUUUUGUUUUUUUUAUUGUUCUUUUACUUUACUUUGGACUCUCUGCGCAAUUUCUUCCUUUCUUCCUCUUUCUCAUUAUUCAUCUUGUUUGUGUGAGUGUGUGUGUGUGUGUGUGUGUGUGUCUCUCUCUCUCUCUCUCUCUCUCUCCCUCCAUCUCUCUCGCUGUCUAUUAUGGCAAUGUACUCUUGCCGAUUCUUUGACGUAUCUUAUUAUUUGCUUUUAAAUCGCAUGUUCCUCCCCCUUUUAUACCUUAUAUAUUCGCUAAUGAUACCUUGUUACCUUGUUUCCUUGUUAUUAAGAAGAAAUUCCCCCACGGAUUUGUGCAGUAAGACCAAAGUUAUCAUUUGUUGUUGUUGUUGUUGUUGUUUUUGUUGUUGUUGGUGUUUUUUUUUAUUUAACAUCGAAAACCAAAAUUGGAAGGCUUCACGGCCCAAUAUGAUA